CAGAGCUUAUUAAUGAAAAAAAAAGCCCUAAAUUUGGUCCAAACAUUUGUUCGAUCGCUUGUGAGAGAUUCGCUUCUCCUGAAACUUUCAAUCCUGCGUUUCCUGUGGAUCGUGCAAGAUCAAUUCAUCAUGUCUGGCAAGUAUAUAGUUGGUGCUAUUGUGGCUUCUUUUCCUGUGGCAUAUGUUCUUGAUCACAUUGUUUCAGACUACAAGAUAUUUGGAGGCACUAUUCCAUCAACUGUUUCCAACAAAGCAUGGUGGGAAGAGACUGACAAAAAGUUCCAGGCUUGGCCAAGAACUGCUGGACCCCCAGUUGUGAUGAAUCCCAUCAGCAGGCAAAAUUUCAUCGUCAAGUCUGGUGUUGAAUCUUGAAGUUUGCUUUCAACGAAAGUGGAAGUAGAUUUUUUUGAAAAAUUGUGAUCUUGGUGGUUUGGAUUUUGCUUAAAAUUUGCAUAUUUUCAAUAAAUGUUGUAAACCCAAACAGAAGUUAUCUGGAAUACAAUGGUUUUGAGAAUGUAGUCUUACAUUCUGUUCUUGAUUUA